AUCCUCUUCCAAUUUGGAAACAUCGUAAAAACCCUAAAUCGACGAUCCUUUUUCUUCGUCUCCACCGUGUUAUCGAUCUUCUUCGACAGCGGAAGAAAAGUUCAGCCGGUGGCCAAAUUUCUGAUGGCGUCCAAAUCGAAGAGCGAAAACCCUCACACGGGUGAUGGCGCUAGUCCCGGGAAGAUUUUCAUUGGAGGAUUGGCGAAAGAUACAACUUACACUCAAUUCAACAAGCAUUUUGGGACGUAUGGAGAGAUAACUGACUCGGUGAUUAUGAAAGAUCGGUAUACGGGACAGCCAAGAGGUUUUGGGUUUAUCACUUAUGCUGAUCCUUCUGUGGUUGACAAGGUCAUCGAAGAUACACAUGUCAUCAAUGGGAAACAAGUUGAAAUUAAGAGAACCAUCCCUAAAGGACAUGGUCAGUCGAAGGAUUUUAAGACGAAGAAGAUAUUUGUUGGUGGGAUUCCAUCAACAGUUACUGAAGAUGAGUUUAAUCAUUUCUUUUCCAAGUAUGGGAAAGUUGCGGAACACCAAAUUAUACGUGACCAUGAAACCAACCGCUCGCGAGGCUUUGGAUUUAUAGUUUUUGAGGAGGAAGAAGUUGUAGAUGAAAUUUUAUCCAAUGGAAAUAUGAUAGAUAUGUCUGGUACCCAGGUGGAGAUCAAGAAAGCUGAACCAAAGAAAUCCUCAAACCCACCACUUGCUUCUGCAUAUGGUAGCAAUUCUAGGUCUCGUUCAUUCAAUGAUAGCUUUGGUGGAUAUGGCAGUUCUUAUGGGGACUUUGAUGCAGGCUUUGGACCUGGUCCCUUUAGGACCCCAGGUGGUCUUGGUGGUAGGAUAGGGAGCGGGUAUGGUUAUGGCAGUAGUGGUGAUUUUGGCGGAGGUUAUGGAGGUUUUGGAGGCAAUAGCUUAGGUGGCUACCGAGGUGAAUCGUCCCUUGGUUAUUCUAGUAGAUUUGGACCUUACAGUGGUGGUUUUGGUGGGGGAUAUGGCACAAGUGGCUUAGGAGGAUAUGGCCGAGGGGUUGAUGGCUAUGGGAGCUAUGGAAGUUCCAGUUAUGGUGGAGGUUACGACUCCGGUCCUGGUGCUAGUUAUGGAGGAGCAAGUGGUUUGUAUGGAAGGGGAGGCUAUAGUGGGGGUAGUCGAUAUCAUCCUUACGCGAGGUAGAAUCGUUGCAUAGUCAGUACCAUCCAUCCCUUUGCAAGCUAGUAAAGAAGUCUCACUCCAUUGCUGUCUUGCUUAGAUUUGCCAUAGAGUCUUCAAUCACAGGUUCCUAUAGUUUCGUGGCCCAGUGAUAAGCGGUUCUCACAAAUACUAGACGUCCCAAGGAAGCUAUUUAAAGACCAGAAGAGUGUAUUAGACAUUUUAUUGUAUGGUUUUUAGACACUAUCAUGUAGAGACUACUAUGGUUGUCCCAAUCUAGUAUGAUUUUAAUUUAGCGUGCCAUGGUGUAGGCUUUAGCAUAUACUUUUUCUUGGCUGUGUUUAUUCCUCACAUUAGUUCAACAUCUAGAUAGAGUUUUUAUGU